GCAGAUAUGACAUUGCACUAGCAGUCAAUGCAUUUGGAGCGAAGCAUGUUGCUGAAUUUGCUGCAAGAUGUGUCAACAUAAAGAUGCUACUCCACAUAUCGACUGCAUAUGUAUGUGGUAAUAUGACUGGAGUUAUACAAGAAAAGGCAUUUAGCAUGGGUGAGACGCUCAACGGGUCAAGGAAGUUGGACGUGAAUAAAGAGAAGCUCUUGGUUGAAGAAUUGAUGAAUGAACUUUGAGAAAAGAGUGCUUCACAAGAGGAAAUCAACGUCGCUUUGAAGAAUUUGGGAUUGCAAAGGGCAAGGCUGUAUGGUUGGCCAAACACGUAUACUUUAACGAAGGCAAUGGGGGAAAUGAUGGUGCAGCAUCAUCUCAAACAAGAUAUUCCUCUAGUUGUUAUGAGACCCACAAUCGUAACAAGUACUUAUCGAGAACCUUUUGCUGGUUGGACUGAGGGUUUCCCUCCAAGAACUAUGGACAGCAUCGCCAUACACUAUGGUAGAGGAAGGCUGAAAUAUUUCCUGGGUGAUCCUAAUACGAUACUCGACAUGAUACCGGUAGAUAUGGUGGUAAACGUUAUGAUUGUGGCCACAGCGGUGCAUGCUAAUCAGCCCAUUUCAAACAAGAUUUACCAUGUGGGUUCCUCAAAGAAACAUCCCAUGGCCUAUUCAGAUCUUCAAGACAUCAUAGUGAGUUACUUCAGGGACAGUCCUUGGAUCAACGAGGAUGGGAAGCCGGUCAAAGUUCGUAAGCCUAGAAUUAUGGGAAGCAUGGCCAGCUUUCACAAGCACGUGAGACGUUACAUUCUCUUGUCAAAGGUGCUGAAAGUAGCUAGCUCAAUGUUUGGCGGGUAUUUCCAAGGGUUGCAUGCUGACUUGGACAAAAAGGUCAAUGCUGUCGUGCGAUUGGCAGACCUCUACGGACCAUAUGUUUUAUUCAAUGGCGUCUUUGACGAUACAAAUAUGAUGGCUUUGAGAGCCAUGGCAUUUAACAAUGGAGUAAACUUGGAAAGUGUCUUCUACUUCGAUCCAAGGUGUAUCAAUUGGGAGGAUUAUUUCAAGAGAACUCAUUUGCCUCAAGUUGUCAAAACCUUCCAGCGCAAGUGAGACAUGAUGCAUAUAUUUUGGGACAUGCAAUAGUUGGCAUUACCAACUCCAUGUGUACUAUUCUAUUAUAAGUGGAAAUAAAUGAGGUGGUAUAA